AUGCGGUCGUCGGGGAACUUUCGCCGAGCUGUGGCUGUUGCAGCAGCCACCGCCGUGGCGACGAGUUGCACCACGGCCCUGGCGGAAUCCAGGUCUGCAGCUGCGCCAGUUCCGCUUCUGGGAGGGCCUGUGUCGUGGCACUUCGGACAAUGGCGGCCGGUAACGGAUGCCGUCCGCGGAGGGGUGUCUACGGCGAGGCUGAUACCGAGCGAGGCCGGCGCCAGAUUCCAAGGAACUCUGGACCCCAGCAAGCUGAAAGCGGGGUUCGCUGGCGUUAACCUCGACGUUGCGGAGCUUCCAAAGCCGCUGACGGAUUUCACAGGCCUGAAGCUCGAUGUAGCCGGCUCCGACGGGCGAGAGUACACGCUGCUCUUGAAGAUCCGGGGAGCUGAGGCAGGAAGCUCUUACCAAGUCCGUUUCACUCCGGCGCCAGAGGAAAGCCUAGAGGUGCCGUUUAGCCGUUUCGCCGGCUUCCGUCGCGGGCGGCCCGAUCCGACUGCGCCGCCUCUGCAUACAGCUGAUGUGGGAACGAUCGCCCUGCAGAUUGCGAGCAACUUCCAGGAGCAAUCCGGAGACUACCAGCUGGGUUUGAAGGGCCUUGCCGGCGUGAGGGAUGCCGCCGUGUAUAGCAUCGUGACGGAGGAGCUGCCGCACCUGCGUGACAGGACAAGGCUCCUAGACAAAGAGGAGGGCAAGGCGCGGGACGACCGCGAGGGUCUGCGGCGUCAUCUAGAGGCAAACGAGCGGAUGGCCAGCUACUUGGAGCGCUGCAGCCCCCUGGUGACGAAGCACGACAACGCGGCAGUCGGUCGGUUUCUGGAAGGGCUGGCAGAGUUGGGGAAGAAGGAUUUCACGGACGACGAAGUGCUCCAGCUUGUGAACAUGGGCCCGAUUGAUCCACUGUAUAUCUUCGGCAUCUGCGAAGACAGCGAUCGACGAUUUGGCGAAAAAGACUUGCAGCACAUCUGUGGCCUGGCACAGCAGCACCUGGGGGCCGAGAGCCUGGCUCCCGAUCCCGAGUCAGCGGAGGAAGUAGAGCAGGAACCUGCUGAGGCCACCCGGCUGGAUUUCGUUGAAUGGAUGACGACUGUGGAAACAUGCUUCUUGUUGGAGCUGCGUGCAUUGGUCAUGGGGCAAUGCAGAGGGGUGGCCAAGAGCUUCGUAGAUUCCAUGCGCCGCGCCAUGCUGGCGCCGUCCCUGCCGACCACUGGGGACAUGCUGGCGACCCUGCCUCUGCCUCUGCCGCCUCUGCCGCCGACGCCUGGGACUGAAAGCCAAAGGCCUCUACCAUCCCGGUGUCACCAUUCUCCCAUUCAUCCCAAGUCCUCAAGUUUCGCCGGCCUCGGAUUGCCUUUGGCUUUGGCUCGGCGAAAACGAGCCACCCGGCGGAUCUGCCGAAACAUCGCCGUCAAAGAGGAGAUCACAGCGCUCUCCACCGGGGCGGCUCCUUUGGACAAGGCCUUGGGCGGCGGCCUGCCGUGCGGGCACAUCGUCGAGGUCAUAGGUUGCCCUCAGAGCGGCAAGACCUCCCUGGCUCUGUCCUGCGUCGCCGGGGCACAGGCCACGGGCCGGCGACAGCGCUGUGCCAUCAUGGAUAUGGACGGAUGCCUAGGCCCGAGGCACCUGGUCGAGAUGGGCGUGAGCCUGGCCAGAGACAAGCUGGAUGUCUUUAAACCCCGCUCGGCUGAGGAGGUUGUGAGCAUGAUCCAGGAUCUGACCAAGUCCAGAUUCUUUGACCUUAUUGUGUUGGAUUCCUUGGGGUCCAUGACCUCUGAGAGCCAACUUCGCUCUGACCUCAAGGACGGAGAUAGUUUCGGUGCGAGUGACCUCACAAAGAUUCUCUCCAAGUUCUUCCGACAGGCGGCUCCCAUGCUGAGGCAGUGCCGGACGACCCUCCUUUGUACCAACCAGUUCCGAGGGGGAUCCUUGCUCUUCGGCCCGAAAGAGGUGCCCUUUGGCGGCCAGGCCCUAGGGAGGCGGUCAUCCGUCCGCCUGUGCACCAUCGAGCCGCAGAUUCGGGAAAUCGCCGGAUGCGCACCCAGCCUCCAGUGCCAGGUGGAGAUCAUCAAGUUCGCUGGUGUGCCUGACCAAAGGCAGACGGCCACCAGCGUGGAGUUCGGGUUGGUCUUUGGCAAAGGUGCGAGCUGGGGUGGAAGCAUAUCGGAUCUCCGAAGCAGUGAGCACGAUGUGCCGGAGCUAUCUGUGUAA